UAUAUUCUAUGAUUGCAUUUCAUGACUUACGUCAAAUACACUUUUUUAUGGUUGCAUUUCAUUAUUUUGUAAAUACACCAAACAAAAGGUGAAUUGUGAUCUGGAUAUUGAUGAAAAAUCUCUUUUAAUAGAUUUUUAGAUGGCACCAUUCUUAGGUGAAAUUUAUCGAAAAGAUAUAAUUUCCUAAUUCUACCAUGUUCAACAUUUGAAAGUGUUCAUUAUUUUAUUCAUUUUAAAACACAAUUAUUUGAUGUAUUGAAUAAAGCGGGCGAAUUGGACGUGGCCAAUUUCAUGCAAUUUCCUAUGAAAUAUUUCAAUGACAAAGUGAACAAAAAGAGCUGAAUUAAUAUGCCAAGUUUCAAGGUUUGAAGAACCAACAUUUGAUGUGUUCAUAAUAAAAUGUCAGAAGAAGGAAUUCAGAUCAUCAAAGAAAUAUUAGUUGAUACUCAAUUAAUUCAGUUCCUUAUUCCCAUCAGAGAUGAUUUGCAGAUAACUAGAUUAGAACAUUUUGAUUAUGUUACAACUGAAGAUUUGGAAAAUAUUGGGCUUAGUAAGCCAGGAGCAAGAAGACUGUUAGAUGCAGUGAAGAAAAAAAGAGCUAGUCAAAAGAAGAAAAAUCUCAUUAAUAAGCUUAUUCCUGUUAAUAACAAGGGUACUAGUAAUAAAAAACAAGGGGAAAAUGUUGCUGAUAGUGAUUUUACUUCUUGUCUCAUUGAGGAGAGUAAAAUAACACUUUCAAUUAAAUUAGGAGAUGGUUCUUUUGGAGUUGUUAGGAGAGGAGAAUGGAGUAGUCCUGUCGGAAAGAUUGUACCUGUUGCUGUGAAAGUAUUGAAAGCUGAUGCAUUGUCCCAGCCGGGGGUUUUUGAGGAUUUCAUCAAAGAAGUUCAGGCAAUGCACAUUUUGAGUCACAAAAAUCUCAUCAGGUUGUAUGGGGUGGUUUUAUCCCAACCUAUGAUGAUGGUAACUGAAUUAGCAGCACUAGGUUCACUUUUAGAUUACCUGAGGAAGCAAUGCCAGCAUGUUCCAGUGCCACUUCUUUGUGAAUAUGCAACUCAAGUAGCUGAUGGGAUGGCCUAUCUUGAGAGUAAAAGAUUUUUACAUAGGGAUCUGGCAUGCAGGAAUGUUUUACUAGCUAGUGAAGAUAAGAUUAAAAUUGGAGAUUUUGGCUUAAUGAGAGCUUUGCCUCAAGAGGAGGACUGUUAUGUUAUGAGUGAGCAUAAAAAAGUACCAUUUCCUUGGUGUGCCCCGGAAUCCUUGAGAUCAAGACAAUUCAGUCAUGCUUCUGAUACUUGGAUGUUUGGUGUGACAGUAUGGGAGAUGUUUUCUUUUGGAGAAGACCCAUGGAUGGGUUUGAUAGGUUCUCAAAUACUUCGAAAAAUCGACAAGGAAGGAGAGAGGUUGCAUCAUCCUGAAGCUUGCUCACCUGAAAUAUACAAAAUACUGUUGCAAUGUUGGGCAAAAAAUCCGGAAGAUAGACCUUCUUUUGCAGCACUAAAAGAUUUCCUGAGAAAAAACAAGUCUCCCCUGAUGAAAGCAUUGAGUAAACUUGAGGAACCUGAGCACUUACAAAUAUUAGAAGGAGAUGAAAUAGCUAUUAUAGAUGGCAACGCUGAACUGUAUUGGUGGAAAGGUCAAAACCAGAGGACUUUCCAAAUAGGCACGUUUCCUAGAUGCAUUGUUGAUCCAAUGAGGCCGAUACAAACGGAGGAUAUAAGCAAACCUCUUCAAAAUUCUCUCAUUCACACAGGUCAUGGGUCGGCCUUUGGAGAAUCUUGGGGUAGUCCAUCUUAUAUCGAUGAAAUGUAUCUCAAAAACCCCAUGGAACCUCCAGACGUUAUAGGCACCGGCAUCAACGGAAAACCCAUGCCGCAAUUAUCAGAUAGAAGAAAAACAAUCAAAGGAUGUAUUUCGUCACAUAGGUCAACUCCCGAGAAACAGUUCUCCUAUAAAAAGUUGAUGAAUGAAAAAAUCGAUAUUAUGAAGAAAACCAAGCCUCAGAGACCGCCUGAACCAAAGAUAGAAACUAAUCGCGAGGCCGUUUUGAUAGAGUUGUCUCCGGAUGAAAUGCUUUCCGGCAAACCCAAAAAUAAAACUGGGAUGAGUAGAAUGGCCAAUGUUUCGCUUAUUGAUACCCCCAUUGAUGUUCCACAACUAGAUGUUGAAGGAGAUUGGCCAGUAGAAUCAGUUGCCAAGCCACCGCCUUAUCAAAAUCCCCCUAUAUAUUACAAUACUUUAACUUCUUCCCAGGACAAUCCACAAAACGCAUCAAGCAAAGAUCCCUUUGACACUUCUAAUAUUCCAGUUUUCCAUACUAAUUCAUCUUCGAUGCCAUUUUCCCUCAACAGUCCCAAAUUAAACCAUCUAUACUCCACAUCUUCCUCUCGUAUACCCAGUGAAGUUGAAAGCUCAGCUGCGACGAAUAAUGCCAUGAAAAGCCUCUCGGAUACAUUUGCAGAAUUCUCACUAUCGAAUAGUUCAAGAUACUCAUCAAAUAUUUCCAGUGAAUCUAAGAAUAUAAGUAGUAAAAAUUAUGUGAUAGAUAGCGAUCAAGAAAAAAAUGUUACUUUAUUGAAAAAUAUCAAUAUGGUCCAAAGGGACCCAUUGGAUGCAGUGAAAACCUCGAAUUUAACGAAUAUUAUAUCCAAUAAUUUAAAUAAUGUAGAAUCGGACAAAAACAACGGGAUGAGUUCUGAAUUUUUGUCCGAUUUGGAUAAAUACUUAAAGAGUAAGAACAAAGUGGAAGAACAUAAACAGGAGCCUAAAAACACCAAUCAGAUAUUACAAGGACAAGGUCUGCGCAUGAACAAAAUUCAGAAAGAAGACAACAGCCAGAACCAGGCCUUAUAUGGCACUCUACCAGCGGAAACUGCCUCGGCCAUAAACAAAAUCUGGUACGAGUCGAGUCAAAACGUGAAGAGCGGCUCAAAAGAAUACAACGUUCCGGCUUCCACCAGUACAAAUUACGUCAUCCAGACGGAAUACGGAGAAUUCAAAAGUAACAGGAGGUACGACCCAGUGUCGUCCAAUUCCAACUUGAGCGUUUCCCAUUACAACACCCUGGAUAGUUCGUCUCAAAAUUUGUACGUGAACCAAUCGCAAUCCAAUAACUCGGUCGCCAAAUACAGCAGUCCCGAGUGCUCAAGUAUGUACUCGGCGAGGAAUUCUUACAGCACCCAAGUGGGGAUAUACGGUGGUUCCUCCAGCGGGUAUUCACUUACAUCUUACAGCGAAGUGCCCGAUGGGAUCUAUAGCGAGAUUCCGGAUCACGUGUAUAGUCAGGUGCCUGUGGAAAUCUUAAGGCCGCAUAGACCCGCUCCUUCUUCGCCGAUGGGAAGGAUGGAGCAGCCCCAGAGUAUGCAACAGAUUCAGAGGAAAAUACAGAAAGGAUUUCUAUGUUCUGAUGCUGAAAGGCUGAUGACGCCCGAAUAUAAGAAUACCAAAGUGAGCCAAUUGAUGAGCAGCGUGCCAAACAUUACCAUGGACGAGUGUUUGAAGGUCCUUCAAGAUCAUGGCUGGGAUGUGGGAAUUGCAAUAAAAUCUCUCAAGAUCGAUCAACUUGUCAAGUUGGGAUUAACGUCGAAAGAAAAAUGCGAAGAAGCUCUUCAUAGGAGCAACUGGAACGUUGAACUUGCCGCUUCUACCAUCUUGGAUACAUAAAAUUAAUCGCCUUUAAAUUAUUAUUAUCUAAAUUCGUUGUGCCAUGAAUGGAAGCAAUGUUCAAGUGAUAUAACAGCUUCUCAAGAUCUUUGUGCACAAUUCUCGAAAUAUUUCAAAAUCAUUUACUCCUGUUUAAUAUGUAUAUAAAGCUAUGAUUAUAUGUAUAUAGAACGCCACCCAGUUUUAUCCUAAUAUUCUCAGUUUAUUCAGUAUUCAUGUUGUAGCUCAAAUCUCUUUGAUUUUUUAUUCGUAAGCUCUCUCAAUUGUUUGUGAAUGUUAGAAUAACAUACUCAUUAAAAUAUUUUUUUUUUACAAUAA